CAUGGAUUCCGACAAGAUCAAACCUGUCAUCAGCGCACAGAUUCCCGUCGUGAGCAAACUCUCAAAACGAAUGGUCGACAAGAUAGACGACGACGCCAGCUUCGACGAACUAUUCGGGUUGGUCAUAGAGAUGGCCAAAGAGUGGCAAGAACAAGACGUCAUCCCGUCUAGCAAAGCUAUCGGGCUUUUCGAAGAAAAGGGGACUUCCGAAUAUAAAAACCUCCGAGUUCUGUUCCAUACCAUACACAGAAAGGUCCUAAGGUCGUUAUUGCUGGGCACGCUGCCGUACGAUCUCUACGAUAGGGAUUUACCCAACUGGGAGUGCGUGUACGACUCUCACGGUGCUGGAGCCUACCUGAUAGGGAUCUCUAUCGACGAGAAGCGCGGCGAAUUUUUGACCCGCGACGAGAUCGAAGUGGUGAUCGGCCACAUGAGAGAGUACAAGGCCGGCUGCGAAGCUUGGAUAAAGAUCAAAUAUUCGUUUGAUCAGGAAGGCCUAACGGACGAGGAAGAGUGGCAUCUAAAAAGGGCCUUGGCCAUCGACAACACGGUCCUCCCCGAAGAUCAGGAAUGGCACAGCGAAGACGAGGAAAGAUACGUCGCGCCGAAAUGCAUGUCAGGUCGUAAGGGUACCAAGAACAUUGAAGAACUGAUAGAGAUGCUCGGCAGGCGCGUGAAUCCCGACUUUGACGGAAACGUGCGUCAGCUUUCGAGCCCGGUAUACAUCGGCUGCGGAAUGGGGGUACCCAAGAGGAUGCUCCAGCACGACCCUGAUUUUAACAGUUUGGACACGUCAUCUCACGCCCUCAGGCUGCUAAUCUCAUGCGCUCGCUAUUCGGGGCUCAACGUCCUCGUACACGGGGUUCCCAUCGUCAUGGUUUGGGAAGAGACCCAAAUUUCCUUGGCUGAGGUUUUAGUAACGGUGUUGGCACAAUCGCUGAUCUCUCUGAACGGACUUAACGUCAUUCAGCCAGGUACCAACACGACCCGGGAAAAGAAGACGGCCGUCUACGACGAGAUGCAGAAGCACGUCUGGGUUAAGCGGCCUUGGUUCACAGAGAACAUGAAGAAGUCGAUAGAAGUCAGAAAUAACAGAGAUAUCUACAAGGCGACUUUGGAGACCAUCAAGAACGAAUACAUGACCAACGAGGAGUUGAGGGAUGCCGUCAAGAAACUUCGCGAGCUAUCCCGCAACACCCAGCGGCUUUCGCACAUGCUUGCCGAUGCUAAAGAGAAGGCUAACACGCGAAUAGAGCACGCCAAGGCUCAUCUUGCUAGGCUCGAAGACCUUGCAAGUUUGACAACUGGUAUGUUCCCCAGCUUGAAAUUCGACGACAAAGGAAACGAAGACGGCAACGGCGACGGCGAGGAAGAUGAAGGUAACAUCGAUAACGAGGGAAAUUAA